AUGGUGCUGCUAUUCAAAGAAGAACUCAUGGCCAACCUGGCCCUCUCGGUCGUCGCAACCGUGGGGCUGGUCUGGGUCGGCCAGUUCCCCGGCUGGACAUUCAAGAGUCUUUUUGGCUGUGUAUUUGCUGUGAAUUUUGGGGUGCAGUUGUUCUGGGAUGUGUUGAUAUAUCCUUAUUUCGUCAGCCCGCUGCGCAAUCUCCCGCGAGUUCCUGGCAUGGUGAGCCAACUCACAAUCCUCAUGGACACCCCCCGAGGUAGACUCCCUCUGCAAUGGAUGCGCGACAUCCCCAACGACGGCCUGAUCCAUUUCCGCGGCGCUUUCAACGCCAGCUACCUGAUCGCGACAAACCACCAAGCCCUAUUGGACAUUAUGAGCACAAACACAUACGAUUUUGAGAAACCGUGGAAAGCGCGUGAGUUUCUGGCGCGUAUUAUUGGGUUCGGUUUGAUUCUGUCCGAAGGGAAUGCGCAUCGCGUGCAACGGAAAGCCCUCACGCCGGCUUUCAAUAUCAAGAAUAUCCGUGCAUUGUACGGGUUAAUGUGGGAUAAAACAAAUGUCCUUCUGGGUGAGUUGGAAAAGGAGGCCAGGGCGAACCCCAUGGAGGGAAUGAGUUCGGGGAACAGUGGCAAGGUGGAAAUGACAGUUUGGGCGAGCCGCCUUACGCUCGAUGUAAUCGGCCCCGUCGCCAUGGGCCGCGAUUUCCAAUCCAUAACGCACAAGGAAAACAAAGUCGCCGACAGUUUUCUCGCCAUCCUCGAGCCCUCGCGCGAGAAGCUGGUUUUCUUGGGCGUCAACUUUGUUUUCCCGCAAUGGUUUGCGCGCUUGAUCCCCGGAAUGGGCCGGUUGCAUAAAGUUAUUGAUGAUGAAACGGGCUAUCUACGUCGUGUGUGCCAUGAGAUUGUGCGCGAGAAGCGCAUUGCCCUAAAGACGCAAAAGGUUGAUACGCAGGAACUCGAGGCGGACAUUCUGGGCACGAUUAUGCUGCGCGGAGAGUUUUCGGAUGAUGAGUUGGUGGAUCAGAUGCUGACGUUUCUUGCUGCGGGGCACGAAACAACUGCGAGCGCCCUCACCUGGGCAUGCUACCUCUUGUGUCUAUAUCCCGACGUACAAGAGCGUCUCCGACAAGAAAUCCACGCCACAAUCCCAUCCUCCACCAGCCAAGUCACCUGGAACCAGCUCGAAUCCAUGCCUCUCCUCAACGGCGUAUGCCAGGAAGUGCUACGUCUCUACCCAACCGUGCCCGCCACCGUGCGCGAAGCCAUUCGCGAUACUAUCGUCGCCGGCACUUCCGUCCCACGAGGAACACGCAUUACCUUGUGUCCGUACGCAACAAACCGCAGUCCUCACUUCUGGGGCGCUACCGGCGAGGAAUUCAUACCUGAGCGAUGGAUCGACACGGACGAAAAGGGGAACAAAACAGUCAAUCAUCAUGGCGGCGCGCCAACGAAUUUCGCGCAAAUCACUUUUUUGCAUGGGCAGAGGUCGUGCAUAGGCAAAGACUUUGCGCGUGCAGAGCUGAGAUGUGCGGUUGCUGGUGUCGUGGGCAGGUUUGCGAUGGAGAUGCAGGAUCCGAAUCAGGAAAUUCAUAUUGCGGGUGCGGUCACGACGAAGCCGAGAGAGGGGAUGCAUUUGAAGAUGACUACGAUGGAGGGGUGGUGA